CUCGCGGAGGCAGCGGCUGCGCUCGGCCGCGAGGCUCUUGUCGCCGCCGCCUCCUCCUCCUCCGCCGACGGGACCCCCGGCCUGCGCCGAGCCCGGACCCCGCGCCCUACCGCCGGCCGCUCCGGUCGCGUCAUGGCCCAGAAAACUCCAGAAAUUUACUCUGUGGAGCUCAGUGGAACUGAAGACGUGGAGAAAACAGACAGGGGGGGUGGUGGCAAGGAGAAGUACAGGGGCCUGAAGAACAAGCGCUUGGGACUCAGAAAGAAUCACCAGAAGGAAGUGCUGAAAAAAGAACUUGGUCUGGAGGACCACAAACUCAGCACUAAGGAGUUGGAAAAGAAAUAUGGUACCAACAUCAUUACGGGUCUCUCCAGCACCCAGGCUGCUGAGCUCCUGGCCCGGAACGGGCCCAACGCCCUCACCCCUCCCCAGGAAACACCGGAGGUUAUCAAGUUCCUCAAGCAGAUGGUGGGGGGGUUCUCUAUCCUUCUGUGGAUAGGAGCCAUCCUGUGCUGGGUCGCAUAUGCGAUUCAGUACUUCAGCGAUAAGUCCUCAUCCCUAGACAACGUGUACCUGGGCGUUGUGCUUGCCCUGGUCGUUAUUUUCACGGGCAUCUUUGCUUACUACCAAGAGGCGAAAAGCACCAACAUCAUGGCCAGUUUUAGUAAGAUGAUCCCACAGCAAGCUCUUGUCAUUCGAGAUUCAGAGAAGAAGACAGUCCCUGCAGAGCAGCUGGUGGUGGGGGACAUAGUGGAGAUUAAAGGAGGAGACAAGAUCCCUGCGGACAUCAGGUUGCUGUCUGCUCAGGGGUGUAAGGUCGAUAACUCAUCUCUCACUGGGGAAUCUGAGCCCCAGUCUCGCUCUUGUGAGUUUACCCACGACAGUCCCUUGGAAACAAAGAAUAUUGGCUUCUAUUCUACCACCUGUCUGGAAGGCACAGCAACUGGCUUGGUCAUCAACACAGGUGACCACACCAUCAUUGGUCAGAUCGCCUCCCUGGCUUCUGGAGUUGGACAUGAGAAGACGCCCAUUGCCAUUGAGAUCGAGCACUUUGUUCAUAUUGUGGGAGGAGUGGCCGUCUCCAUCGGCAUCCUUUUCUUCAUCAUCGCGGUGUCCAUGAAGUAUUCUGUCCUGAACUCCAUCAUCUUCCUCAUUGGCAUCAUUGUGGCCAAUGUGCCUGAGGGUCUCCUGGCCACUGUCACUGUGACUCUGUCACUGACAGCAAAACGGAUGGCCAAGAAGAACUGCCUGGUAAAGAACCUGGAGGCCGUGGAGACCCUUGGCUCCACCUCCAUCAUUUGCUCCGACAAGACGGGGACUCUGACCCAGAACAGGAUGACCGUGGCCCAUCUGUGGUUCGAUAAUCAGAUCUUUGUGGCUGACACAAGUGAAGACCAUUCCAACCAAGUCUUUGAUCAAAGCUCUGGAACCUGGGCCUCCCUAUCAAAGAUAAUAACGUUGUGUAACCGAGCCGAAUUCAGACCCGGACAGGAGAGUGUCCCCAUCAUGAAGAAAGCUGUGGUUGGAGAUGCCUCAGAAACUGCUCUUCUGAAAUUCUCAGAGGUCAUUUUGGGUGACGUGAUGGAAGUUAGAAAAAGAAACCGCAAAGUAGCUGAAAUCCCUUUUAACUCGACCAACAAAUUUCAGCUCUCCAUCCACGAGACAGAUGACCCCAAUGACAAGCGCUUCCUCAUGGUAAUGAAAGGGGCCCCUGAGAGAGUCUUAGAGAAGUGCAGCACCAUCAUGGUCAAUGGCCAGGAGCAGCCUCUGGACGAGAGCAUGGCCGAGGCCUUCCACACAGCGUACAUGGAGCUGGGAGGCCUGGGGGAGCGUGUGUUGGGUUUCUGUCAUCUCUACUUGCCAGCAGACAAGUUUCCAGAAACCUAUUCCUUUGAUGUAGACACCAUGAACUUUCCCACUUCCGGCCUCUGUUUCGUGGGGCUCUUGUCCAUGAUCGAUCCCCCACGGUCCACAGUGCCUGACGCAGUCACCAAGUGCCGGAGUGCAGGCAUCAAGGUUAUCAUGGUUACAGGUGAUCAUCCAAUCACAGCCAAAGCUAUUGCCAAGAGUGUAGGUAUCAUUUCAGCCAACAGUGAGACGGUGGAGGACGUCGCGCAGCGCCUCAGCGUUCCUGUGGAGCAAGUGAACAAAGGGGACGCUAAAGCUGCAGUGGUGACUGGCAUGGCGCUGAAGGACAUGAGCCCGGAACAGCUGGACGAGCUCUUAACCAGCUACCCAGAGAUCGUCUUUGCCCGGACGUCCCCCCAGCAGAAGCUGAUCAUCGUGGAGGGCUGUCAAAGGCAGGAUGCAGUUGUCGCUGUGACAGGGGAUGGCGUUAAUGACUCUCCAGCUCUGAAGAAGGCAGACAUCGGGAUUGCCAUGGGGAUAGCAGGUUCUGAUGCAGCCAAAAAUGCAGCCGACAUGGUCUUGCUGGAUGACAACUUCGCAUCUAUAGUCACCGGGGUGGAGGAGGGUCGCCUGAUCUUUGACAACCUAAAGAAGACUGUCGCUUACACCCUGACCAAGAACAUUGCUGAGCUGUGUCCUUUUCUGAUCUACAUCAUUGCUGGGCUCCCCCUGCCCAUUGGCACCAUUACCAUCUUGUUCAUCGACUUGGGCACAGACAUAAUUCCCUCCGUUGCCUUGGCUUACGAGAAAGCUGAAAGUGACAUUAUGAUCAGGAAGCCUCGCCACAAGAAGAAGGACAGACUGGUGAACAAGCCACUUGCCAUAUACUCUUACCUGCACAUUGGCCUCAUGCAAGCCCUGGGCGCUUUCGUUGUAUAUUUCACGGUGUAUGCACAGGAGGGCUUUAGACCCAGUGCUCUCAUUAACCUCCGGGUGGAAUGGGAAAAGGAUGAUGUGAAUGACUUGGAAGACAGCUAUGGACAAGAAUGGACGAGGUACCAGAGGAAGUACGUAGAAUGGAUGGGCUACACGGCUUUCUUUAUUGGCAUCAUGAUCCAGCAAAUAGCAGAUCUGAUCAUCAGGAAAACCCGGAGGAAUUCCAUCUUCCAGCAGGGCCUCUUCAGAAAUAAAGUCAUCUGGGUGGGGAUUGCCUCACAGAUUAUCAUCGCGUUGAUCCUCUCCUAUGGCCUGGGAAGUGUCCCAGCCCUGAAUUUCACUGUGCUCCGGCCUCAGUAUUGGUUUGUGGCUGUGCCAUAUGCCAUUCUGAUUUGGGUAUAUGAUGAAGUACGAAAACUUUUCAUCAGACUCUACCCUGGAAGCUGGUGGGAUAAGAACAUGUAUUAUUAAGACCAUCUUACUUCACAAGCCUCCCAGCCACACCCUGGAGAUGUUCUUCCUUUUCUUGCCACUAGCUGGGAAGUUGCUGCAGGAGGGACAUCAUCAGGAUGCGUACAAGAAAAGGCAGAGAGCGUCUGAAAGAUGCUCACUGAUGUUUUGUGCUUUAAAGCAGAGAUUCAACUUUUUAUAUAUGAUUUUCAUCUCUAUAUCCAUAUCCUUAUUUAAAAAUAUGUGAACUUCAAAGUAAUGGUGUAGGAAGAAUGACAUGUCUAUAUGUAUAUAAAGCUCAGUCGUGUUAAAUAGUCUUGGGUAAUGCAGAUGUCUGCUGGGGUCUCCUUGCUCCUUAAGCUCCAGAUAGGACUGCUCAGACCUCCAUUCCACACCCUUUAAAAGUCCCAUGACCUCCCUAAGAUUUCUGUGAAUUCCCGGAGAACUUAUGUUUUCACAGUCACCAUGCUCAAAAAAGGCUAAUUCAGCUGAAGGUUUGCAAGAGGUGGAAGUGAUGGCAGGUGUACAUCCCAGCAACAGGGACAGCCUCAGUUUUGACUCGGAGACAUCCUUCUUAAAGGUGUUCAGCCACCUGGCUUCGCGCCCCCUCAUCCCACCUCUCACCACCUCACUAGUGCUUGGUGUCCCCCCUCCUCCCAUCUUGACUCCUCACUCCCUCCCACGUUGCCCUCCACCUGUACCACCAGCUCCUCCAAAACUGAGCUCCAAGUCCAUUUUGCACAUCCUAACUCCAAAGGCUCUCCGGACCCAAAGGGGUUUUCAUUUGCCAAGACUCAGCCUCAGUAGAGAACCGUUGUGGUGUAAAACAGUAAUAUUGAUUUCUUGUAAAACGGUUGCAAAGCACUCUCCAGUACUCGUUUUAUGUCAGUCAUGUUCCAUGCUUUAUGUUAGGUUUAUUCAUGUGUGACACAUAUAUCUAUGUUGACAGUCCCAGAGAGGCCUGGUUUUUACAUCAGGAUUUCUAUGGGAGGAUGCAUCUUUCAGCAGCAGCACUCAAGAGAAAAUAGUUUUCAUAGCCUUUCCAUCGACUUUACACCCAGCGCAAACUGAUUUGCCAGAACCUGAAAAUUACGUUUGGUUAAACUUUUUUUUUCAGUGGCAUUACCCCAUCACCUCUCCUCCAUUCUUCCUUUGUGUAAAGGACAAUGUCUAAGCACAUUCUGCUGCUGGUGGCUCUAGAUUGGUAUCUCUGCAACAGGAAAAGGGAGCCUUAGAGCCACGGUUCUCUACCAUUUUCUCAGAGGUCGCAUUUAGAAGCAUGAAAGAAGUCGAGGCCUAUGAUUGUAACUUUACGUGAAUAGAUUCUAAUGCACAAAUGUGUAUUGUAUGUGUUUAUUUAAGUUAAAAUAAUGUUGUCCUCAAGGUUUUUAUUCUCUAUUUUCAGCCACAGUUAUCGUUGGACUAAUCUCCAUUCUGUCAGUAGUUCCCAUGACUGGAAACCCUUUCCAGGCAGCGUCAUCAUGGCUGUCUCAUUCCAGUCUCGACAAGAUGGCUAAUGCUUUCUAAACUUCAGCCAGGUUUAACUUGUCCUCACUGUUUUUCCUGCCAGGCUGUCCAAGUGCCGCUGGCUGUGACCAUCCUGUCCAAGCCAGCUGGAGAAGGUUGUAAAUAGAGCACAAAGCUGUAGGGGGUUAAGUUGGGGUGGAUUAAGUUUGAAAGGAGUUAAAUUUGAAUAGAAGUCUCUUCACAGCAGGAACCCUGUCUGGAAUGACUUUCAUAUUGUGCAUACCUACUCUUGCAAAAAGUUGACACUCAGAUAUUUGUAAAAUGAACAAAUAACUAAUUUAAGGAAUCCCAGAAAUAAGACUGGUAUAACAAAUACCUGUAUUCAGUUGUAGACAGAGAAAGGCAAUAAAAUCCCAUAUCAGAGGGUUUUUCCCAGAGGGAUUACUUCAUUGACCCAUUAAGGCCUAGAUAUUUUUUCGAAAAGGUAAGUUAAUUUAAAUCUAACUGGUGUGGCAGAUUUAAGUCAGAGAUAUAAAUAUGAAGCUGGAUUUAUAGACUUUUUUUUAACUAUUUUAUUCUGAUUAUAAAAUUACAGCUUAUUUUAGAAAAUUUGAAAUAUCCAAGAGUCAAAAAAUUAAAAUCAUCCUGAGUCUCACUGCCGAGUAAUAGAUCUAACCGAUAGAGUAGGUAUUUCUUUGGGGAUUUUCUGUACAUAUAUUUAUUUUUAGGCAAAAUCGAAAUAGAAAGUUUUCUAUUCUACCUUUUUAUUUAACAUUGAAGACGUGAUCUUAAUGAGUGUGCAGUACCCCACAUUGAGAGUUCUGUAACCAUGUCCCCACUGUUGGAUAUUCAUUUAGUUCCUAUUCAUCUUUUUUUUUAAAAGGCCACAUCUUGUACCCCAUCUCUGAUUAUUUUAUAAUAGAUUCCUCAAAAUGGAAUUAAGGGGUUAAGAGUAUUUUUAAGCCUCUUGAUACACAUUGCCAAAUUUAUUUUCAGAUAAGCUAUAUUAAUUUACAUUCCUGUCAACAAUAAUAAAGUGAAUAUUUAUCUUGCC